AUGUCAGUAACACUUCAAACCACUAUCGGUGAUAUAAAACUUGAACUUUAUUGUGACCUUUGUCCGAAAACUUGUGAGAACUUUCUAGCGUUGUGUGCAAGUGGCUAUUACGAUAACUGCAUAUUCCAUCGGAAUAUCAAAGAUUUUAUGGUACAGACUGGUGAUCCGACAGGAACCGGUAAAGGAGGUGACAGCAUUUGGGGAGGUCCGAUUGCAGACGAACUCAAUCCUGAAUUGAAGCACGACGCCCGUGGCGUUGUGUCGAUGGCUGGUAACGGUCCGAACACAAGCAAAUCACAAUUCUUCAUCACAUACGCUAAACAGCCAUCGCUUGAUCUAAAAUACACGGUUUUCGGACGCGUAAUCGACGGUUUUGACGCUUUGGACGAGUUGGAAAAGAUCAAAGUGGACGCCAAAUAUCGUCCGGUUGUGGAGCAAAGAAUUCGACAUAAAUCAUUCUCUUCUGCACCAACAAACACUGAAUUCAACUCAUCACAGCAGCAGACAGAUGAAGAGAAACUAAAGGAAUUACGCGAUUAUUUCGAUCAGUAUAUUGAGGAGUAUUACGAGGAGAUUAUCGAUGAAGAUCGAUUGGAGCCGGAAAAAGAGAAGCAAAAAAGAAGUGCUUUACCCGAUGCAAUCCGUGAUAUGCUAAGCGAUGAAACGAGUCUGAAUGGCGACUUGCUGUCGUUGCGCGAACUGAUCGAUGUAUUGCGUGCUGAAAGAGCAAUGAAUAUCGUUUGUAUACAAGUACCAGCUGAUGAAGGACCGCAUCGAAAUGUGGUCAUCUGUUCGCCGCAUAAUCGAAGACACGGUGAAGCACUCGUUCAAACGGAGUUGUCUUCGUCAGGACGUAUUGUGAAGAAUCCGGGUGGUUGGUAUUGUUUACAGUUGGGUGACACGAUGCUACAUGUUAUGUCGGAUAAAACGAGACGCAAAUACAACUUAGAAACUCUGUGGACGAUUGGUUCAGAGGAAGAUGGCGACGAAAUGGCGAACAGCACGAUGCGGGGAACAAUAAUGCCUAAUGAUUUGCUUGCUUGA